UCUUUUCUAGCUCUUCCGGUUUAAAAAUGGCUUCUCCUGAACCGCAGCCCCGCUUCGGCCAGUCAGUGAAAGGUUUGUUAUCCGAAAAAGUGAGCUCCUGCAGCGGAGACGUGAUCGCUCUCACUCGUCAGGUCCUGAAGGGGUCUCGCAGCCAGGAGCUCCUGGGGCAGGCGGCGCGCAACAUGGUGAUGCAAGAGGACGCCAUACUGCACUCGGAGGAUAGUCUGAGAAAAAUGUCCAUUAUAACCACCCACUUGCAAUAUCAGCAAGAAGCCAUCCAGAAAAAUGUUGAACACUCCAGAAACCUUCAGGAUCAGUUAAUACAUUUGCUAAAAUAAGCAUGCAAUUGGGAGCCAUCAUUCAAAUGGGGCAGCCUUUGUAAUACCAAGAAUGCACUCAGAAGGAAUUGUCACUAUCCACUAGACAGGGUUGGUGGCAUUUUACAGCCUGGAUAUUAGGACUGAGUUUCAUCUUUCUGCAACGUUUUGUGGUUCUUCAUGUUUGUGGAACCCUAAGAACCCAAAAUGUUGAAAUAAUGCAGUUGAGUAAGCUUUUUGCACUAUUGUUUUUUUAAUCAAAAGAGCUAAUAUUACGUAGUUGUACUUGGUCCCUUGUGACAUGGAAAACAGUCAUGUCAUUGCCUAUGAUGAAAAUCUAAUGUAAAAAAAAAAGAGCCAAGUUUUUUUAACAGUUGUUAAAAAUACUGUGAGCACUGCACAUGUCAUAAUUAGGAAUUCUGGGUUUUGUCAUGCUCUUCCUGUUUGGUUAAGGCUUGGCUGGGCUUUUAAAAAUUUUCUCCCACCUCUUAAAAACAUGUUGGUUGGCUUAGCUAAAUUACCCAUCUCACAGGGAGUAAGAGUGGUCCCUUCAUCUUUACUCCACACUGUUGAGAGCAGCUUGGUUACUGUAGGAACCCCAACAUAGCAGAUAUAAGAAUCAGGUGAAAAAAAAUGAAAUUCUACAGUUCAAUACACUGAGUGAUUCACAUUACAGUGUUCAUUUGCAGUGUUUUAUAUUCAUGGCAAUUAAAUUAAUGUUUAAUAUUUGCACUAUAAAGGUACAAUAUACACGUGAAAGUCCUAUCAAAUUCUACUGAUCUGAUGUUUCUGAACAAUAAAUGCAGCACAAGGAUUUUUUUAUGAAAGUUGGAAAGAAGUACUAAUUCAAGAUGUGUGGGUAACAGAAACUACUGGAAACAUUUUGCUGUUGAAAACAUCAAAGGGAUCAAAAUCAAGGCCGUUAAGAAAGUGUGAAGCUCCAGUUAAUAGAAAAUGAGGCUGAUCCAGGGAGAAGACCUUGAUGAAAAACAUUCCACAGAAUUUUUCCACAGAAAACCUUGUUCCUUCAGUCCCUGUCACGUGUGUGAAAAUGCAAGCUUCCUCUCUGGCCUCAGAUAAGUGUUUUAAUAAAUCGCAUGAGGUGAUAAAACUUUAAUAGUUCUGGAAUAUUUAUCUGCAUAUUAUUACUUGUACCACUAAAUACUACUGGAACAGCUUUAUGCAGUGUAAGUGUAUCUUUGGGGGAGGGGGGAAUAAAAGUGGAAUGGAAAAGGUGAAUUUAUUCUAAUUGGUGUGGUGGUUCUUUGGAAAAACAGGAUUUUUGUUUUU